UAGCCAUCGCUCCUCAUCAUCAUUCUUUUUCUUUAUUUUGAACUGAACUGAGUGCAUUCGUCGCAGUGUUAAAAAAAAGGAAAAACUUUUACUUGUCCAGCUAAAUUAUCGACGACGACGACAGAAGGAAAAAUCAAAAACUCAACUCAUACGACGCAAUCACAGUUCAAAAAAAGAAAAGAAAUCAAAUCAAGUUAAAAGUUUUUUCCUUCAUCAAAAUAAAAAUCAUCAAGAUAAUCAAAAAACAAGAGCCUUCAACUUGAACGAACAGUUUGUGACUUACCCCAAAAGAUCACCAACCGAAGGAAAAUAAUUGGAGAAAGAAAAACUAAACAAGAAAAAUUUUCAUUUUUUUCCGUACGUACUGAAAAUCUCACACAACUCUUACUCUGCUAACUGGUAAUCAUCGCUGCUGGCCGUGGGGUGGUCGACGGUCGUUGAUUCGAGAGGAGGCGAACGAAACAUGACCCGAAGAUCCCCACAAUGGGGCGAAGUUCCAGCCCUUGCCCUUAGUCGGGUCUUUGAAUACUUGGACGAGACCAAGGAUCGAUAUAAUGCUUCCCUGGUUUGCUGGCAUUGGCGAAGCAUUCUCUUCCAAAAGAGGUUUUUCCAAAAGUUUAAGUUCACUCUGAACAUUGAUAACGACCGACAAUGUUCGUUUUUUCUUCAAACUCUUUUGCACUUAACAAACGAACUUACAAUGGUUUUCGAUUUCAUGUGUGUUUAUCACAUUGAGAAAAUUCGAAGGAUCCUUUAUAAAAUUGCCAGAAGUGAUAGUUUGGAAGGUUUACGAUUCCAAACAAAUAACGUUGGACAUGUUGCACCAGGUGAUAUAAUGGACGAAGGUCUAAUCGAUAUCGAAAAAUUCUUUGUUGAACCAAUAAAAAUUAUUUUGAGUCGCAAAAAAUCAUCAAUCAAAGUUCUUGAUAUGGGCGCUAUCGAAUCGUUGACAUAUUAUGGUGGAGAUUUUCUCAAGUCCAUUGCCAAGCCUCAAGAAAUCGAACAACUAACAUUCGCUUCGAUUAAAUUCGAUCCUAGUCACUAUCCAAUAUUUGUAUUGGAACCUGUAUUCCUAGAGAAAUGUGCAUCACUUCAGGUAUUAUCGCUUGACUAUGACACACUGAACGAAGAUGUCCUCCGUACAAUCCAAAUACUUCCAUUAAAAAAACUAAUGAUUUGUGUUCAUGGAUUGGAUCGUGAACAUCCUGGAAUCUCAGAACAUGCAUGGUCUGAGUUUUCAAAGAAAUUCCAAAACAUCGAUUUGAUUGUCUCAUUGGUUUAUGCUUAUGAAGCUGUUGAAGUUCUUCAAGUUAGGAUUUUACGCCAGAAUAUGCCAAUCACUCAUUUGAGAGUUCUAUUUUGUGAUUUUAUAAAUGUCGAAGCUUUGGAAUGGAUGUCACUUUAUAACAAGAACACCUUAAAGAGUGUUCAAUGGAUUGACUCUGCUUUUAAACAUCCUGAUAAAAAUGUGAUGGAUCUAUUCUUACGUUCAGGGCAGGAUCCUUUUGUAAUGAUGUCUUGGCGAUGUGAAAACUUACAAGAGAUUGUUAUACAUGGUUAUGUAUUGGAUGCGCACAAUAUUGUUGGAAUUUCAAGACUUCGUGGACGAUCAUUGAAACGAUUGGAAAUUUCCAUGAUUGACAAUACUCCAUCUUCUGCAAGUAUGGAGGCAUUUAUUGAGGAAAUAAGCUCUUUACUUGGACAACGCUGGAAACCUCUAAAUCCAGCUAAUCUACAUCCCUCACUUGGAUAUUCUCCAGUCUCUGAUGACGUUCGUGAUGAAUACGUUUUUGAUCUCAUUCGAUCUGAUAUGCAAUCAAACUAACAAUCUCAACUAAAUUUAUUUAAGUAAAAAAAAAACAACAACAACAAAAGACAUCAAAGCAAACUCUUAACUUGUGAUCAAAACGCACCUCUCUCAUAAUAUAUAGUCAAUAUAUUUUUUUUAUUUAUUUAUGGAAAUUCAUGACUAACUUUUCCACCAAUUUCCGUUUACACAGUCAUUAUUAUAUUAUGUAUACAGAAAAGUGUGUAUAAAACAAAACAAAAAACAAUUGCUCUUAUUUUACCCAAUUUAGAAUGUUUUUUUUUUUCUUUUUUUUUUUAAAUAAAUUAGUAAAGAAAUUAAAUCUUAAUGUAUAUUAUGUUUAAAAUAACAAAAAAAUUAUAAAAUUUUGAUGAAAAUUGUAAUAUUACAUAUAUGUAAAAAAAUCCACAACAAAACACACACUGAAACAAAACCAUUCUGUGAUUUAAAAUAUAAUUAGAAAAUGAAAAAAGAAAACCGAAAAUGUAUUGAGUUUGAAAAAAAGGAGGAAAAAAAUAUCAAUCGACAUGAAAAACGAUCGCCAUAUUAUCGACAAUUAAAUAUUAUUUUUUUUACCAAAAAAAAAGAGAAGAAUUUACAUUAUGGAAAUAAUUCAAAGAGUAUAUUUUUUGUUUAAUAAUUUUUGUCAUUUUUGUAAAAAAAAAAAUAAUAACAACAUUAUAAUUAUUAUAAAAACAAAUUCAAUGUUUAAUUUAUUUUAUUUUUUUUUUUCGUUUGUGUGAAACUACUAUUUUUUAUAAUGAAUUGAAUAAUCUCUUAUUUUUCUAUUUUGUUUAAACCAAUUUAUUACUUUUUGUUUUUUGUUAAUUAACUACCUCUGGAAAUUGUGAACGUCUUAAAAAGGAGUUAAUAAUUAUUUAUAAUAAGAGACAAGAAAUAGAAUAAAAACUAACAGUACGCUUUUUAUAUUGAUGAUAAUGAUGAUGAUGUCAGAAGAACCAUACUUUUAUGAGAGAAUAUUUACUAUAUACAAUAAUAAGAUAAAAUUAAAACUAAAGAACAAUGCAUGAAAGAAGAAAAGAAUCAAGAAAGUAAAACAGAUAAUGUAGAUGUUCUGGUAUAGAUAUUUAACAAAGUAAAAAUGGUAAAAAAAAUUCGACUAUGAUUUGAAAAAUCAAGCUAAAGUACAAAAUAGUUUUGUCAGGAUAUUCAUACAUUUCUAUUUUAUCUCUUCAAUAGCGAAAUGGGUUUAUUUCUUUUGUUGACUAAAUUUUAUGUAGUUUUACUUUUACAGAAAUAAAACUUAUCAAAUCGUCCAUGAAAUUCCAAAUACAAAGUAAAAAACAAUCCUUCCACUUAAAUUGUAGAUUUUUAGCCAUCCAACAAAUGAAAAUGGAGUUUUAUUUAAAUGAAAUGUUAAACAUUUAUUUUUCACUAAAAUGUUUGUGUCCGAGAUUAAAUGGGUUCCCUUUUUUACCUUGAAAAGUACUUUGAAGUCUUUCUGUUAAGUACAUCCAUUAUAAACAAUUUAUUUUUAUUGAAAUACAAAUUCACGACUAGUCUCUAGAAACCUAAUGAAAUGAAACUGAGAUUUUAUUUGACUUCAGUGAUCCAUUAAGGGAGGGGCCAAGCCAGUAUUUUCAGAAUAUUAUUUUCUGUAUCGUCUUUUAAAACAAACUUUUAUAUUCAUGAAUAUUCUCUACUUACCGAUAUUUCUAAGAAGAAUUCAAGUUUAAAGACAUGUUUUUUAAUUCAGUUUCAGUGACUUGAUCGUACAAAAUCUUGGUCACCUGAGCUUUGUAUAGCUAAUAUUCUAACUUUUCCAAAAUAAAUGUAUUUAAUACUUUCUUUACAAAAAAAAAACUAAUUUUACACACAAUUCAAAUAUGUAUGUGUAUGUACGUCAAUGACAAAAUAAGAUUUCAUUAACAAUGCUUCCAACAAAAGUACCAUCAUCAUGCAUCAGUUUUAUGUACUCGUACAUAGAAAACAUUUUAUAGAAUUCCUUUGAGCCUUUUUCAAGAUAUGAAUAUCAUUUUGUUCAGUUAAUUUUUAUACGUGCGUCUUUUGAUGGGGUACCAGAUCACCAGUCCAAUGAAACGAAAGACAUUUUUGGCCCCAUUUGUUAGCCGUACAAAAAAUAAAAUGGAAAAUCAACAACAAAUCUGGGCGAAGAAAAUUCAGUAGUGAAGACCAAAUCCAAAACGCCGAUAUUUAAACAAUUUUCUCGUAUAUAAAUUUCAAUCAUUAGUUGAAAACCAAUUCUACUGUAUUUAUUAUUUUUUAAACUUAUUAUUUUAGCUUGAUUUUUCAAAAACAAAAAAACAUAGGUGCAUCUUAGAAUUUACCAUUAUGAAAAAAAUCCGUCAGCUAUAUUAUUAUUAUAUAAACAAACAUAUAAACAAAAAAAAUGGCAACAAAAGUCGUUCUCACGAUCUGUUUUGAUAUUGUUAUUUUGUAGGUAUUAAGAACAAAGUGCAUUUAUAAUAAUUUUUACUACAUGUAACCAAUCCAAAAGUUAUGCAAAAUAAAAUGAAAAUGGACGCACCAAAAACAAAUAUAGUAAAUAAAAAAUAAAGAGAGAUGAUAAAAUAUUCCAGACAAAAGAAAAACAAAUAAAAAUCAAAUGAAAUGAAAUGAAAAAUUACAAAAACAAGAAAUAAUUGUGAUAUUAACAAAACAAAAAUAAAAAUUACGUAGCUCAAAUGUCAACGUAGCUCAAAAAGCAAAAGCAAUCCAGCAAAACAAAAAUAUUUCUGAUAAAAGAUUAAAAUCGAAAAAAAUUGUGAUCAGCCAAAUUAAAAAAACAACAACAACAACAAAAAACAAUCGAAUUAAAUAAAAGAUAAAAAUCAAAUUAAAAAAAUAGCGUGAAAUAAAUAUCUCUUGAAAUGUAUUAAAUUAUGCGUUAAAAUGCGUUUUCAAAACAAACAAACACACAACUUUUUAAAACUUGAUGAAAUGUGAUACAAAACAAAAAAUAUAUUGAUGUUGAUGGACAUACGGAUAUUAUGUACAUGUAAAUUGUUAACUAACAAAAACAAAACAAAAAAAAAUGAACAAUAACAAUAUUAAGAAACAAAGAAGAAGAAAAUUAAAUUAAAUAUAUUUAUCAAUCAAUCAAUGCCAUGAUUUAAAACGACAAAACAACAACAAAUUUGUAUUUAAAAAAAAAAGAAAAAACAUAAACAUUACAUUACCACUAUAUACGUUAGAAUAGUAAGUUUUCAAAACAAAAAAUGAAGAAAAACAAAAACGAAAGAAACAAACAAAAAAAUAUUCAAUUUUAUUGCAAUUAUUAAUUAUUAAUAUAAUUUUUUUAGACGAAAUUUAAAAACAAAACAAAAACGAAUUGUAUUGAAUUUAUAUUUUAUUAAUAUUGAAGAAGCCUCUAGACAAGGUUGAGACGUGUUUUUGUAAAAGAACGAUAACGUGUGUGUGUGAAAUAAGCGACAUUUUAAUCUAUUAUCUUAAUGAGAAGAAAAGAGCGCAAACAUUUUUACAUUAAGAUAAAUAUUUCUUUUAAUUUAAAAAAAAAUAUUAAUACAAAGAAAAACAUAAAAUACGAUAUAAAAUGCAGCUAUCGAGAGUAGAAAAUAAGAAUCUGGUCCUAUCUCUAGUUCGAAAGUUGCUCAAAGCAACCAGCUCACUAAAUAAAAAAAAAUGUAGUGUUGCUUUCUAACAUUUUAUUAAACCAUUUUUUAAGCAGUUAUAGCAAGCUUAAAAUUAUUAUAGUUUGUAGAAAAAAAAAGAAAAUUAGAUAAACAAGAAAACUUAAAUGAACGAUAAGACCAACGUGUAUAGUUUUGCAAGUAGUUUUUUCAUUGACUUAAUUUUGCUUUAGAUUCAUUUUCACCAUUCGAGGUGAUUACGGGACGUAAAUGUUAACGUUAACAUAACAUUAUGCGCAGCAGGUGGUAUAGCAUUCGAAAUGAAAAUUGACACAUAAUAACGUGACAUAACAAGUACCUGAAAAAAAACAUAUUAUGUUUAUUGUAAAAGAUGUGUUGUAAUUGUAAAACUUUCA